UCCUUACCUCAGAGAACUGAGGCACAGAGGCAUCAAAAAAACAUCACUAAUGAUUUUAAGAUUGUUCACUGCAGCACAGCAAAGAAGAAAGCAAUCUCAAGCAUGAAGACUCUGCUUUUGCUGAUAUAUAUCAUUGGUAUAGCCAUUGCUUCCCCGAUCCAAAGAAGUGGAAUUCUAUUCAGGAGAGGCUAUGAAGGCAAUAUUAAUUCCAUCAGUGCAGAUAAAGGAGUCUUGGAGACCAGCUCUGCCGUUGCGAAUGGGAACCAGGAGCAUGGAGAUGAGGGUCACCAGGAAGAAGAAAUAUUUCUGGAUCUCACCAAAGAAUAUGCCAUUGCUGAAGAAGUUUCUACUGUUGAUCCUAUCCGUUCCCAAGGAGGCUAUCUGCAUGAAACUGAGAGCCUGCUGCUCCAUGAGGACAACAGCUUUGUGCAGGCCAAAGGCCACAGUCAGCCCAACACGGAAAAAACCGGGCAGACCUAUGUUGAAUAUCCAACAGAGAAAGAGGUUGACAGCCAGGAUGUAGCGCUUCUUAAAACGAUUAGCAAUGCGGAACAAAAUGGCUCGCAGCAUUUGAGAGAGAAGAAUGCAGUUCAUGGCCCAGUGUUGACCACAGGGGAGUCCAUCGUUUCGGAAGCAGAUCUGUUUGCUGGCAAACAGCACAUCAAGGAUUUCCAGGCCAGCCGUGAGUUUGAUGUGAGAAAAAAUGUCCCUUAUCAUCUGAACGGCUACCAUUUCAGUGACGAAGGAAUGCAAGGAGAUGACCCAGGUCAUACUGAUGACUCUGAGUCUAGUCAGCAGGUGGAGAGCCAGAGCAAUUUCAGUCAGCAGCCUAGAGAACCAAAUAGUUCAAGUGAUUCAAACGAGGAAGAGGUGAAACAGGCCAGCACUUCAGGGAACUCUGGAAGCCCAGAGUACUCCAAUGGGUCCCCUGACUCCAGCACCUCCAGUGAUUCUAGUGACUCCAGCAAUUCUAGUGACUCCAGUGAUUCUAACAGCUCCAGUGACUCCAGCAGUUCCAGUGAUUCUAUUGACUCUAGUGACUCCAGCAGUUCCAGUGACUCUAGUGACUCCAGUGAUUCUAGCACCUCCAGUGACUCCAGGAGUUCCAGUGACUCUAGUGACUCUAGUGACUCCAGUGAUUCUAGCACCUCCAGUGACUCCAGGAGUUCCAGUGAUUCUAGUGACUCUAGUGACUCCAGUGAUUCCAGUGACUCCAGUAGUUCCAGUGAUUCUAGUGGCUCUAGCAGGUCCAGUGACUCUAGUGACUCCAGCAGUUCCAGUGAUUCUAGUGACUCUAGUGACUCCAGUGAUUCCAGUGACUCCAGCAGUUCGAGUGACUCUAGUGACUCCAGCAGUUCCAGUGAUUCCAGUGACUCCAACAGUUCCAGUGACUCUAGUGACUCCAGUGACUCCAGUGAUUCCAAUGACUCUAGCAGUUCCAGUGACUCCAGUGACUCCAGUGAUUCCAGUGACUCUAGCAGUUCUAGUGACUCUAGUGACUCCAGCAGCUCCAGUGACUCAAGUAAUACUUCUGAGUCUAGUGAUUCCAGUGACUCUAGUGAUUCUAGCAACUCUUCUGACUCCAGUGACUCCAGUGGGCAAAGUGAUUCCAGCAGCUCCACUGAUUCCACUGAUUCUGAUAGUUCCAAUGACAGCAGCACCUCCAGUGACUAGUGAUUCCAAUAAUUCUAGCACUUCCAAAUAAGUGAGAAGUUGCUCAGCUAGUACUGGUGCCACCCAUAGAUAUCAGUACUAAUAAGGCAAAAUGGUAGAAUUUGGGACAAAAUUGCAAUAGGGGGAGUGAAUGGGGACAGCAGGUCCUGUAGUACUGAGGCAAUAUUUUGUGAAGUUCCAAAGCGCCUUUCACAAUUGAAAUGGCUGCCUUGCUCCACGAGGCGAAUGUGAUGAUUCUGUCUAAAGAUGAAUUUCCAACCAUUUCAAAUGACACAUGAACCCUGCUCAAUUGUAUGAAGGGGCAGUAAAGGAGCUUUGUCAUUGUUGUCACGUGGCUUCUUCCAGCUUCCCACACAUUCGGUGCCAACGUUUGCAGCAUGGAGCCUGCUGUACUCAGGGGGUCUCCUUGCACAAUUUAGAACCUUGAUGGUGCAGGGACUGUGCAUGAGGGAAGCUGGAAGUGACAUGUGACAACCGUGGUGGACCUCACAGCCACAUUGGACUCGCAUAUCCCCUUCACAUAUCCAUGAGCGGAUUUUGAGUGUCUUCUAUCCUGAUUGUUCUCUUGACUUAGCCACAGCAAAAUGGAGGGCAACCUCUAAAGAAGAAACAUUUGCCAUCAUUAUGAAACUACAUUUCUCUAGGGCAGGAGGGAGAAGCAUCUCCACCUACCUUUCUGAGCAACCUUCCAGGAGCCACAUGUCAUUGGUGGGCGGGGCCAGAGGCAAAAGUGGGUGGAGCAACGAAUGAUGAUUUCCCUUUUAUACAGCAGGC